CAAAAGUUUGUACAUUGUUUUUAAAAAUACCACAUAACGAUUAAUUAAAAUGAUUAUUUUCAGAGAUAUUCUUUCCGGUGACGAAUUGUUGUCCGACGCUUACGACGUCAAGACCGUUGACAACGUUAUCUACGAAGCUGACUGUCACAUGGUCACCGUUGGUGGUGAUGACGUUGACAUUGGUGCCAACGCUUCUGCUGAAGAAGCUGGUGAAGACCUUGAAGACGGUAAGGAAACCGUUAACAACGUUGUUUACUCUUUCAGAUUACAACAAACCCAAUUCGACAAGAAGUCUUUCUUGACUUACCUUAAGGGUUACAUGAAGCAAGUUAAGGCUCACUUGGCCGAAAACGACCCAGAACAAGUUGAAAUCUUCGAAAAGGGUGCCGCUGCUUACGCCAAGAAGGUUAUCUCUUCUUUCGGUGACUGGGACUUCUACACUGGUGAAUCCAUGGACCCAGAUGGAAUGGUUGUUUUGUUGAACUACCGUGAAGACGGUACCACUCCAUACGUUGCUAUCUGGAAGCACGGUAUCAAGCAAGAAAAGGUCUAAAUACUUUUAAUUCUGAAAUAUACUUAUAUUAUUACAUUGUA